ACGUGUGUAGAUGCGACGCAUAAUAAUGGGACCACCUUAGACGUAUAGCCCCGACACCCGGGCGCAUUUUCAAUAUAACGAAAUAGCAACAACUCCUAUCCUCAGUCUUACCACGACGUCGCAGGCCUAUUAUCUGAGCUGUCUAGCGCUAUCUCCCCGCUCUUUCGUUCCCCGCGCCUCCGCCUCAUCCACACACAUGCCGUGACUGUGUAGGUAAGUAUAAAGGGGAAAGACAAGGGGGGUAAGGCGGGGGAGCGACCAGAGUCUCUUCGAGAUGGCACCGACUAUGUUCCACCGCUUCCACGGCAGGGAGCGGUGCGAUGAGUGCGGUGCGCGGCAGUGGUACGCGGAGGACACGCUUCGGUACUGCCGAAAUGGGCACCGGCUCGAGGGCUUUGCCGAGCACGUCGAAGAUGAAGACGCAUUUAGCACACGAGGGAAGGUGUCGCGCCGCCAACGAGAGCCCCGCAGCAAUCGAGACCACCCCGCCGUCAAGCUCACCGGCGACGACGCCCGGGAGCUCUAUCUCGAGGCCCUGCAGUUCGUCCUCAUGAAGCUCGUGCGUGGGCUCCUAGAACGAGGGAGCUUCCCCGCCGACUACGAGGCCAUCGUGCGCGCGCUCUGGACUCUCAGAGUGAGGGACCUGCCCCUGAGGGAAGUUGACGAUAGUACUAGGGGGGCGGAGGCGGCCAGGAGACGCCGCUCUAGAAGCGCCUCGUCGGCAGCUAGCUUCUCCAGCGAGUUAGGGGCCGACGACGGUUCCGUCUUUUCAGACACUACAACAGCCUCCUGGGCCCCGGACGCCAGACGGCGGUGGAAGCUGCCGAGGCUCAUCGACGCGCUGGCGCUAUGCUACUUGGGAGGCCUGGUGAUGCGGCUACCGAUAACGACGGCGGACUUCUGCAACUGGGUACAGAGGGGGGAGUUGGAUUAUCUCGCGGUGAUCAAUAGCAUCCCUCACAACGUCCGGCAACGGCUCCCCGCAGAGUACCAUCGCGCGCUACAAGUCAGGGACCACAUCCCGCUAGGGCACCUGCAGGCUGCUGUGCAGGGCCUCGUGAUAGCGUUCAAGAUCGGUGCGGACGUGGUGUUUCCACCCCUCAACUAUGUGCCCAUCCUCGUUCGGUUCAUAACCGAGCUGACUCUGCCUGCGGAAAUAUACUCUACCGCUAAGUGCAUCGCCGCGAUUCUAAAGACGGAUUACUCGUACCCCACGAGAAAGGGGAUACGAAAGAUGAGUAACCCCGAGGUGCUCCUGAUAUCCCUAGUUGUCGUAUCCGCGAAACUUCUCUACUCACUCGAUGGCGUUGAGCGACCUCCAAGGAACCACCAUGAUCCCCGCGUCGUAAAGGUAGACUGGGCGAAGUGGCAGGAGGCGAUGCGGGACGAUGUGGGCAAGACCGCUUCGGGCUUGCCUCGCGGUGAAGAAUAUAAGGUCACGUCUGAGGAUGUACUUACCAUGGAGGCGGAGAAAUUAGACGACUUCAUGGACUGGUUUGAGAAGAUGUGGAUAAGCGACAGGGAUCCGAAAACUGCUGAGGGGAUCCGAGAGCUCUUCGAGACACCGAAACGCCCACCCGAUCCAGCAGACCUAAACGAGAGUCCACAGCAGGAUAAUGGGAGUGACAUUGAGCGCGCAAAGAGGAGGUUUGAGGUCCUGAAUAACUCCAUGGUGAUGGUUGAGCCGGUACCCGACGAUGAUCAAGACGGCAGAGGAGGCAAUGAGAGAAGCCGAGUACUCGGCUUGUGUCCGGUCUGGCGCAGCCAGGAGGACCUCCCAGGUGCGGCGCGGGAGCUGUAUGAGAGAGCCGCGAGUCUCGUAGCCAUAAAAUUAGAUACCCUGAUACGCAUGUCAGUGCACAUCGAGAGACAGUUGGAGUUGUGGUGUAUGGAACGCGCGAGACAGCAACGAGGCAAGGGCAAGGGUAAGGCGACUCGCACAGGUGAAAAUGAGGAUUCGGAUAACAGCGGAGGGCAUUCGGAUUUGCUUAGCGAGGAUUAGUGAGAUACCCAUGGGAUAGAUAAUAAUCAGAAUUUGCCCAUUGAUAGGCGGCUGCUUGUAUAUACCCAACGGCAGAGAGCCUUCUUCAAACCAAGUUAAGGUCACGAUGCGAUAAAGGGGAAAAUACCUGUGAAAUCGGCCUCGAUAUCUACACAGAUACAUCUGAGAAAAUGAC